CUGCGCGAAGGGCCGAGCGACCCUGCACCAUGGCCGAAGUCGAGCGGAUCCUGAAAGCGCGGACAUAUUACCAUGUUAUGGGAUUCCAUGUGGUGCAGUAUGUGGAGCAGGCGGACGUGCGGAGGCAGUACAAAGCCCUCGCGCGACAAGUCCAUCCGGACAAGUGUCCCCACAAAGACGCCGAGGAUGCAUUCAAACGAUUGAGUGCGGCGUACGAAUGCCUUGCCAACGACACAUUACAGAACGAGUACUUGGCCAAGACGACCGGAUCGAAGAAACGUCCCCGACAACCCUCCACGAGAGCUACGGCAACUCGACCAUCCCCCCCGACAACUUCGAAACCCACCCGCCCAAAGACACCGCGCACAGCCGACGACAUUUACGCAGAAUUUUUGCGGGAAGAGGAACGCCAGGCCGAGAUGGACUUUCACAAGCGCGGCUUUGAGCGCAUCUUCGACCCCAUCGAUAAACCACGUCCGUUGUCGCCGCCACCAGUGCAUUCGGACGAGUUUGUCGCCGACGUGUUGUCCAGCGGCCUGGACAUGAAGCAGACCAAAUGGUCCCAGUUCGCGUCAUCGAAAGCCAAGGCAACGACACCGUCCGCGUCCCCAGUGCCAAAUGAUUCGGCGUGCUGUUUGCUCUGCCGCCGCAAGUUUCCAAGCGCUGCCCACUUGGCCCGUCACAAAGCGGAAUCGAAAUUGCACGCUGCCAACGUCGCAAAGUUACCAUGAAAGCUAUUGUAAUUUCAACCACUCCUUGAACGCCU